CCGGCCCCUUCCCCGCGGGAGAAAGAAGCCGGAUCCGCUGCUGUCAGCUCGCGUCGCCGCGCCCGCCACCCUCACCCCGCCCCGACCCCCCGACCGUCCCUCCGCGCUGCCGACCCCCAUCGCCGCUCGGGUGCCUACCACGGGGCUGUGGUCUAGCUGCUUUCUGGUCCCAACCACUAGACGUCACCCGCAGGAGGUCAGGAUGGUAGGGGAACGACGUGCAGGGGACUUUGUGGUGCCCUUGGGGCCCCGGCUGCAGGCGUCUCCUGAAGAACUCAUUCGACAGCGGCCUGGACAUGAUGGGCAUCCUGAAUACCUGAUUCGAUGGAGUAUCCUCAAGUGUGGAGAAGAGGGCAAAGUGAGCGUAGAGGAAGACAAGGCAGAGCACCUCCUCAUGUGGCUGUCAGCCUCAGAGGUCUAUGCCAACUGCCCCAUGCUUUUGCAUGAGUGGACACUAUCUAAAGGACCUCAGUAUGAACCUGCUCGGGGGUUAGGAAGCUUCCCCCGAGAUCCAGGAGGCCUGGAUGAAUUGGCUUUGGCAGAGAUGGAGGCUGAUGUGAGGGCACUGGUAUGCAGGGCUGCCAGGCAGCUGGAAGAAGGCGGGUCUUCAAGCCUUACGGCUGCUGUACUUCAUACUGUCCAUGUGCUCAACGCCUAUGCCAGCAUCGGUCCUCUCACCAGAGUCUUUAGGGAGACAGGAGCCUUGGACCUGCUUAUGCACAUGCUGUGCAAUCCUGAGCCUCAGAUCCGUCAGAGUGCAGGCAAGAUGCUGCAGGCACUGGCAGCCCACGAUGCUGGGAGUCGGGCUCACGUCCUUCUGUCACUGAGCCAGCAAGAUGGCAUCGAGCAGCACAUGGAUUUUGACAGCCGCUACACUUUGUUGGAGUUGUUUGCAGAGACCACAUCCUCUGAAGAACACUGCAUGGCCUUUGAGGGCAUCCAUAUGCCUCAGAUCCCAGGAAAGCUGCUGUUCUCCCUGGUGAAGCACUACCUAUGUGUCACUUCCCUGCUGGAUCAGUUGAAUAACAGUCCAGAGACAGGAGCUGGAGACCAAAGCUCCCCAUGUCCCACAAAGGAGAAAAACCGGGGACAGCGGGAGCUAGAGUUCAGUAUGGCAGUGGGCAACCUUAUUUCAGAGCUGGUGCGGGACAUGGGCUGGGCCCGAAACCUCGGUGAACAGAGCAUGUCGCCGCCACGGCCAUCCCGGUCUAUCUUUCAGCCCUGCAUUUCAGGGCCUCCACUAUUACUGCCCACUGUUGUCACUGUUCCCAGAAAGCAAGGGCGGGCCUUCCGCCAUCGCUCUGAAUUUUCUAGCCGUAGUGGCUACGGUGAGUAUGUUCAGCAGACGGUGCGGCCAGGGAUGCGAGUGCGGAUCCUGGAUGACUAUGAGGAGAUCAGUGCUGGGGAUGAGGGCGAGUUCCAGCAGAGCAACAAUGGUGUACCUCCCGUGCAGGUCUUCUGGCAGUCAACAGGUCGCACCUACUGGGUGCACUGGCACAUGCUGGAGAUCCUGGGUCCUGGGGAAACUACUGGGAAUUCGGCUUCAGCAGCUGUGGAAAAGGGGACAGGGGCUACUGUAUUGGGCACAGCACUUCCCUCCUGGGACUGGAAGCCUGCGUAUGGCCUCUACUCUUUGCCAUAUCUCCAGCCUGAGCACCAGAAGAAUGAGGAAGCGGGAUACCUGACCCAGGCAGAGUGGUGGGAGCUACUUUUCUUUAUCAAGAAGUUGGACUUAUCUGAACAGCAACCAAUUUUCCAGAAUCUUCAAGAGAAACUGGAUAAGGCCCUGGGUGAAAAGGCCCUAGGUGAGAUCUCUGUGCCCAUAGAGAUGGCCAAAGGUAUGCUGCAGGUUCUCAGUAAUCGGUUUGAGGGUAACACCCUCUGUGACCUGCUCAACUCCCAAAUCUAUGCCACGUAUGGGCUGCUACCUGAUGAACUAAGCAGUUUGCCCACUUCACGAAGUCACUCCUGUACCCCAGAUCCAGAAAAGGAGUCCAAGUCAGCAGCCAGCUUCUCAGAAGAAGAGACUGAGUCCUCCAGAGCAAAGUCUGAGCCCCCUAAGGCAGAGACAGAGCUUGCCAAUGCACAGACUGAGCCCCCCAGAGCACAGAGUGAUUCUCAGCUCUUUAACCAGCUUCUGGUGACUGAGGGGAUGGCCCUGUCCCCCGAAAUCCAGGAGGCUGCUACUGAAAUGGCUAGAGCCUUGCGGGGUCCUGGUCCACGCAGCUCCCUGGAUCAACAUGUGGCAGCGGUCAUGGCCACUGUGCAGAUAUCCAGCUUGGAUACAAACCUGCAGCUUUCAGGGCUCUGGGCCCUCUCUGAGGCUGUGGAGGAGGUUACUGAGCAGGACCACCCUCUGGUCCGUCCUGACAGAUCUCUGAGGGAGAAGCUAGUGAAAACACUGGUGGAGUUGCUGACCAACCAGGUGGAAGAGAAGAUGGUGGUGGUGCUGGCCCUGCGCCUUCUUUACCUGCUCAUGACCAAGCAUGAGUGGCGUCCACUCUUUGCCAGGGAGGGUGGCAUCUACGCUGUGCUGAUCUGCAUGCAAGAGUAUAAGACAUCUGUUUUGGUGCAGCAGGCAGGGCUGGCGGCGCUGAAGAUGCUAGCCAUUGCCAGCUCCUCGGAGAUCCCCACUUUUGUCACUGGUCAAGAGGAGAUCCCCACUUUUGUCACUGGCCAGUAUUCUGUCCAACUUUUGUUUGAUACCCAAAUGACCAGAGAGAUCUUCGCCAGCAUUGACUCAGCAACACGCCCAGGCUCUGAGAGCUUGCUCCUCAGCGUCCCUGCAGCUGUGAUCCUGAUGCUGAAUACCGAGGGGUGCUCCUCUGCAGUGAGAAAUGGCCUGCUUCUACUCAACCUGCUUUUGUGUAACCACCAUACUCUGGGAGACCAGAUUAUAACCCAAGAGUUGAGAGACACCUUGUUUAGGCACUCGGGGAUAGCACCGGGGACAGAACCCAUGCCUACCACACGCACUAUCCUCAUGAUGCUUCUCAAUCGCUACUCAGAGCCGCAGAGCAGUCCUGAGCUAGCAGCACUGGAGACCCCAAGCACCCAAGGUCAGGAUGGGUCCCCUGAGUUACUGAUUCGAUCCCUGGUGGGGGACCCAUUAGCAGAACUCUUCCUGGACUUGGAGCAUGUGCUGUGCCGGGAGGGCAGCCCACGGUGUGCCAUGAGGCCCCUCCUCAAGCGCCUGCAGCAGGAGAGCCAGCCCUUUCUCUUGUUGCUGCGGACUCUGGAUGCCCCUGGGCCCAACCGAACUCUGCUGCUCACAGUACUCAGGGUCAUGACCCGACUGCUGGAUUACCCUGAGGCAGUGGUCCUCCCUUGGCAUGAGGUCUUGGAGCCCUGCGUCAACUGCCUGAGCAGCCCCAGUAGUGACUCUGAGAUUAUUCAGAAGCUGACCUGCUUCCUGCAUCGCCUGGCUUUGAUGCAUAAAGACUAUGCGGUAGUGCUCUGCUGCCUGGGAGCUAAAGAGACCCUCUCCAAAGUCAUGGACAAGCACUCAGCUCAGCUCCUGCUGGCCUCCGAGCUUCGGGACAUGGUGACAGAGUGUGAGAAAUAUGCCCAACUCUAUAGUAAGCUCACCUCAAGCAUCCUGGCUGGCUGCAUUCAGAUGGUACUGGGCCAGAUUGAAGACCACAGACGAACCUACCAACCUAUCAAUAUCCCCUUCUUUGAUGUGUUCCUCAGGCAUCUCUGCCAGGGCUCCAGUGUGGAAAUGAAGGAGCACAAGUGCUGGGAGAAGGUAGAAGUGUCCUCUAACCCACAUCGGGCCAGCAAGCUGAUGGACCGCAACCCCAAGACCUACUGGGAGUCCAACGGCAGCACUGGGUCCCACUAUAUCACCUUGCACAUGCACCGAGGCGUUCUUAUUAGGCAGCUGACUCUGCUUGUGGCCAGUGAGGAUUCAAGUUAUAUGCCAGCCAGGGUGGUGGUGUUUGGGGGUGACAGUACCAACUGCAUCAGCACCGAGCUUAACACGGUAAAUGUGAUGCCCUCUGCCAGCCGGGUGACCCUCCUGGAGAAUCUGAACCGCUUCUGGCCCAUCAUCCAGAUUCGCAUAAAGCGCUGCCAGCAGGGUGGCAUCGACACUCGGGUUCGGGGUGUGGAGGUCCUGGGCCCAAAGCCCACUUUUUGGCCAUUGUUCCGGGAACAGCUCUGUCGCCGUACUUGUCUCUUCUACACAAUUCGGGCACAAGCUUGGAGCCGGGACAUAGCAGAGGACCGCCGGCGCCUCCUGCAGCUCUGUCCCAGACUGAACAGAGUUUUGCGUCAUGAACAGAAUUUUGCUGAUCGCUUCCUCCCUGAUGACGAGGCUGCCCAAGCACUGGGCAAGACCUGCUGGGAGGCGCUGGUCAGCCCCCUGGUGCAGAACAUCACCUCUCCCGAUGCGGAAGGUGUGAGCUCCCUGGGAUGGCUGCUAGACCAGUACUUAGAGCAGAGGGAGAGCUCUCGGGUCCCUCAGAGUCAGGCAGCAUCCUUUACUUCUCGAGUUCGCCGUCUUUGCCACUUGCUGGUGCAUGUAGAGCCCCCUCCUGGGCCUUCGGCUGAGCCCUCCACCCGGCCCUCCAGCAAGAAUAGUAAGAGUCGGGAUCAAAGCCUGGUGCUGUCACCAGUCCUGCUGAGCAGCAGCCUGAGGAACAUCACCCAGUGCUGGCUGAGUGUGGUACAGGAGCAGGUCAGUAGAUUCCUGGCUGCAGCCUGGAGGGCCCCAGACUUCAUGCUUCAUUAUUGUAAGCUCUACGAACGUUUGCAAAGAGCGGGCUCAGAGCUGUUUGGGCCUCGGGCAGCCUUCACUCUGGCUCUGCGCAGUGGCUUCUCUGGAGCCCUGCUGCAGCAAUCCUUCCUCACGGCUGCCCAUGUGAGUGAGCAGUUUGCUAGGUACAUUGACCAGCAAAUCCAGGGUGGCCUGCUUGGUGGAGCCCCUGGACUGGAAAUGCUGGGGCGGCUUCAGCAGCACCUGGAGCCCAUCAUGGUCCUUUCUGGCCUGGAGCUGGCCACUACUUUUGAACACUUCUAUCAGCACUACAUGGCCGACCGUCUCCUGAGCUUGGGCUCAAGCUGGCUGGAGGGGGCUGUGCUGGAGCAGAUUGGCCUCUGCUUCCCCAAUCGCCUCCCCCAGCUGAUGCUGCAGAGCCUGAGUGCCUCGGAGGAGCUGCAGCACCAGUUCCACCUCUUCCAGCUCCAGCAGCUUGACAGGCUAUUCUUAGAGCAGGAGGAUGAGGAACAGGGGCUGGAGGAAGAGGAAGAAGACAAGGGACAGGAGGCUGAGGAAGAACUAUUCAUAGAAGAGCCAACAGUUUCUGUACUGGUCCUGUCACCACGCUGCUGGCCGGUCUCCCCAGCCUGCUACCUGCACCAUCCCAGAAAGUGCCUUCCCACAGAAUUCUGUGAUGCCCUUGACCGGUUCUCCACCUUCUACAGCCACAGUCAGAACUACCCAGUCUUGGACAUGGGACCACAUCGGCGACUUCAGUGGACAUGGCUGGGCAGGGCUGAGUUACAGUUUGGGAACCAGACUCUGCAUGUGUCCACAGUGCAGAUGUGGCUGCUGUUGAAUUUCAACCAAUCAGAGAAAGUGUCAGUAGAGAUCUUGUUGAAGAAUUCUGACCUCUCCCCUGAGCUACUGCACCAGGCACUUCUGCCCCUUACCUCUGACAAUGGUCCUUUGACACUGGGGGAGACCCAGGACUUUCCACAGGGAGGGAUGCUGCAGCUUCGAGAGCCUUGGUCCCUGCCCCAUGAGGAAGUCCUGUGGCUGAUACCUCCUCAGACAUACUUCAGCGUAGAAAAGGAUGAGGGCCGAACCCUGGAACAGAAGAGGAACCUCUUGAGCUGUCUUCUUGUUCGUAUUCUCAAAGCCCAUGGGGAGAAAGGCCUCCACAUUGAUCAGCUUGUCUGUCUGGUCCUGGAGGCCUGGCAGAAGGGUCCAAAUCCACCUGGGAGCCUGGGCGGUGCUGUUGCUGGGGGUGUGGCCUGUUCUAGUACCGAUGUCCUCUCCUGCAUCCUGCAUCUCCUGGGCCAGGGCUAUGUGGAACGGCGUGAUGACCGGCCCCAGAUCUUGAUAUAUGCCACCCCAGAGCCCCUGGGGUCCUGCCGCGGUCAGGCAGAUGUCCCUUUUUGUGGCAACCAGAGUACUGAGACCUCCAAGCCUAGCCCAGAAGCUGUGGCAGCCCUGGCAUCUCUACAGCUACCUGCAAGCCGGACCAUGAGCCCCCAGGAGGUAGAAGGGUUGAUGGAGCAGACGGUACGGCAGGUGCAGGAGACACUGAACCUAGAGUCAGAUGUAGCUCAGCACCUACUGGCUCAUUCCCACUGGAGCACCGAAUGGCUGCUGCAGAGCUACAGUGACGACCCGGAACUGCUGUUGCUUGCGGCUGGGCUGCGGGUACCCCAGGCCCAGGCUGCCCCCACACGUCCCACCCAUUGUCCUGUCUGUGUCAGCCCCCUAGGACCUGAUGACGACCUGCCCUCCCUCUGCUGCAUGCACUACUGCUGUAAGUCUUGCUGGGAUGAGUAUCUGACAAUUCGGAUCGAACAGAACCUUGUGCAGAACUGCACCUGCCCCAUCGCUGACUGUCCUGCCCAGCCCACUGGAGCCUUCAUCUGUGCCAUUGUCUCCUCACUAGAAGUCAUCUCCAAGUACAAGAAGGCCCUCCUGCGAGGCUAUGUGGAGAGCUGCUCCAACCUGACGUGGUGCACCAACCCUCAGGGCUGUGACCGCAUCCUGUGCCGCCAGGGUCUGGGCAGCGGGACCACCUGCUCCAAAUGUGGCUGGGCCUCCUGCUUCAGCUGUAGCUUCCCUGAGGCACACUACCCUGCCAGCUGUGGCCACAUGUCCCAGUGGGUCGACGAUGGUGGCUACUAUGAUGGCAUGAGCAUGGAGGCCCAGAGCAAGCACCUGGCUAAGCUCAUCUCCAAACGCUGUCCCAGCUGUCAGGCACCCAUCGAGAAGAAUGAGGGGUGCCUGCACAUGACCUGUGCCAAAUGUAACCAUGGAUUCUGCUGGCGCUGCCUCAAGUCCUGGAAGCCAAAUCACAAGGACUAUUACAGCUGCUCUGCCAUGGUGAGCAAAGCAGCUCGUCAGGAGAAGCGGUUUCAGGACUAUAAUGAGAGGUGCACCUUCCAUCACCAGGCCCGGGAGUUUGCUGUGAACUUGCGGAACCGGGCCUCUGCCAUCCACGAGGUGCCCCCGCCCAAAUCCUUCACAUUCCUCAAUGAUGCCUGCCGGGCCCUUGAGCAGGCUCGAAAGGUGCUGGCCUAUACCUGCGUCUACAGCUUCUACAGUCAGGACACGGAAUACAUGGAUGUGGUGGAACAGCAGACUGAGAACCUGGAGCUCCACACCAAUGCCUUGCAGAUCCUCCUGGAGGAAACCUUGCUGCGCUGCCAAGACUUGGCCUCCUCCCUGCGUCUCCUGCGAGCAGACUGCCUCAGCAUGGGCAUGGAGCUGCUCCGGAGGAUCCAGGAGAGGCUGUUGGCCAUCCUGCAGCACUCCACCCAGGACUUCCGGGUUGGACUCCAGAGUCCAUCAGUAGAGGCCCAGGAGGCAAAAGGAUGCAAUGUGCCCAGCAAUCAACCCCAGGGCUCCUUGGGACUGGAAGCAGAGGAUGAGGAGGAAGAGGAGGAUGUGCCUGAAUGGCAGCACGAGUUUGACCAGGAGUUGGACAAUGACAGCUUUUCCUAUGAUGAGGAGUCUGAGAACCUGGACCGAGAGACGUUCUUCUUUGGUGAUGAGGAUGAUGAUGAAUCCUAUGACUGAGGGGGCAGAGGCAGGAAAUACCUGGAGCUGCCAGGGGCUGCAGGGGAGGGGGUUUACCUUCCACUGCCAUGUGUGGUGGGACUCCCAGUGUCUGUAGCACCUUCUGUUGACUAAAUAAAUUUCCUUUUUUUUCA